UAUCGAUAUAUUGAAGGAAUCAAGGUCUGAAAUUGAUACUAUUCCUUGACAUCUCCCCGUAUCCUUAUCCCUCCAUCUUUGAUAUAUAGUGUUAUAUGAGUGGUAUGGUGAAUUAAGUUCCCUCUUAUGCCAAAGCAUGGGAAAGAGAAAUGGUACCUCAUGGUUGACGAAAGUGAAAAGAGCAUUUUAUUCUCCAACUAAAGAUACAGAGAAAAAGAGUAGCAGAAGAAGAGAAAAUCAGUUUGAGGAAGAAGAGGAGGAAAAGAAGAGGGAGAAAAGAAGAUGGCUUUUCAGGAAGCAGAGUAAUAAUCAUGUUGAACAAUGUGAAGCGAAGGCAACUACAGAAGCAACUGCAACUCCUACACCGGUAGCUGCGACCCUCGCAUUGGAUGCAGAGCAGAGGCAGCAUGCAAUGGCGGUGGCGGUAGCAACUGCAGCAGCGGCUGAAGCUGCGGUCGCGACUGCCCAAGCUGCAGUUGAAUUCGUUAGGCUCAGUACUCAACCUUUGAAUUAUGUUAAUGUUAGAGAACACUAUGCUGCCACACUCAUUCAAACAGCUUUUAGAGGCUACCUAGCAAGGAGAGCACUACGUGCACUGAAGGGACUAGUGAAGCUUCAAGCAUUAGUGAGAGGACAAAAUGUUAGAAAGCAAGCGAAGUUGGCACUGAAAUGCAUGCAAGUCUUGGUUCGAGUACAAGACCGAGUGCGCGAUCAGCAUCGUGCUAGGCUUUCCCAUGAGGGUAGAAGGAGGUCUAUGUUUACUGAAACCGAAGGCUUGUGGGACUUUAGAUAUCUUCAAGAUAUUCACAGUCGAAAAUCCUUGUCCAGAGAUAUGAGUUGCAUUACAGAUGACUGGGAUGACACACCACAUACAGGCGAGGAGAUUGAAGCUAUGUUGCAGGGCAAGAAGGAAGCUGCAUUAAGGCGCGAAAAGGCCCUUGCCUAUGCUUUCUCUAGUCAGAUAUGGAGAUCUCGGAGGAACCCAUCUUCGGAGGAAGAGAAAGAGCUGGAAGAGAGAACAAAAUGGCUGGAUAGAUGGAUGGCCACUAAGCAAUGGGAGAGCAGCACCAGCAGCACUAGAGCAUCCAUUGAUAGAAGAGACUCAAUUAAGACCUUGGAAAUCGACCUCUCUUGGCCUCACUCUGACGCUUCUCCAACCCUCAAAAAAUCCCAUUGUCAAAAACAACAGCACUCCGUUGCUUCCCCGCUACACAGAGCACCCCAAUCUCCUGUUGCUCCAUCACCUUCCAAGAUAAAGCCUUACCAAGUUCGUUCCGCGAGCCCUCGAUGUUACUCUACAGCAAACACUCCUUCUUUAGCCUCACGGCUAGGUAGUGCUGCUGCUUCCGUGCCCAAUUACAUGGCAGCCACAGAGUCUGCCAAAGCCAAGUCUCGGGCACAUAGUGCGCCAAGGCAGAGGCCAUCCACGCCGGAGAGAGAAACGGGUGGAGCUGUUAAGAAGAGGCUUUCAUAUCCAGUUAAUGAGACAGAAAACAAGAGGGUUGAAGUAGGACGUAAUAAUAAUUUUAGCCAGAAUUCGAGAAGUCCCAGCUUCAAGAGUGCUUAUGGUGGAUAUUAUGGGAUGGACGACAGAGAAUCAUACUAUUCUUCAUGUUAUCCGGAUAGCAUUGGAGGAGAGUUUUCUUCUUGUUCCACAACUGAUCUCAGGUGGCUGAAAUAAUGAAAUGAACGAUUCUAAUUCAUGUUGGAAAACAGUAAUAUUGGUUCCUUAGAACUAAAGCUACAAGACCUUGUAUUAAAAUUUCAUCAUUCAAUUUGUUACAAUUAACCAAUGAAUGAACUCUAAUGUACCUUAGUAGUUAGGACUGUAUCUCCCUAAUAGAAGAUUAUAUAUUUC